AUGGCAGACUUCCCAUCCAAGGUUUCCACGGAGACCAGCGUCUCCCAGCCCCACAGCUCCCAGCCGGCAAGGAUGGCCGGCCCCAUCACCGUCCAGUUGGACGUGUCCUUCAUCAAAAGCAUCCCGGGCAUCCUCAUGGUGGUUGAGAUGCUCCUGGGGUUGAUCCAGUGGGCCCUGAUAGCCAGCGUCAACUACGGAUGGGCGCCAGCCUUCAUCUGGGUGAUGUUUGUGGCCGUCGGCCUAUGGAUCACCACCACCAUCCUCUACGUCAUGACGCUGUUCAGCAUCCAACAAAGACUAACGGGUCUCCCGUGGCCCAUACUGGUGAUGGUCUACAACGGCGUCGCCACGGUCCUCUACUUCAUCGCCUUCGUGGUCAACGCAGCUUUUGUGAAUGGUUUCUUAUGGGCCGCUUAUUCACACAUGGCAGCUGCUGCCGCCUUUGGUGCUUUCGUGACCUUGGCGUACGGUGCCAGCACUUUCUUCUCCUUUCUGUCCUGGAGGGAAGACGGAGGAAGCCCACCCACCACCACAGUGCCGACCUAA